UAUAAAGCAAAAAUGGCCUAUAGCAAAUUAAUAAUGUUUAUUCAUAUUUCUCAACCAAAAUGGCCUACAUAUAUAGUGAUACAAACACACAACAAAAUUAACCAUUCCUUUCCUUAUCUUCUUCAUCUUUUGCUUUUCAUUUUUCUAAUCUCUCAAUGGCUGCCUUAAAACAUAAACCUGUAAAUUUAAUAUUUUACGUUUAUAAUUUGAUUAUUAUAUUCUCCACCCAUAGUUCAACGGCGGAGCUGCGCAGGCUACUGCAGCCGGCGAAACCUGAUGGUACAGUAAGCUUUCUCGUCAUCGGAGACUGGGGAAGAAGAGGCUCGUAUAACCAGUCCCGAGUAGCUUUUCAGAUGGGAGAAAUCGGAGACAAAUUAGACAUCGAUUUUGUAAUUUCUACUGGAGAUAAUUUUUAUGACAAUGGGUUAAACAGCUUGCACGAUCCUCUAUUUCAAGAUUCUUUUAUCAACAUUUAUACCACUCCGAGCUUGCAGAAACCUUGGUAUAGUGUUUUAGGAAAUCAUGAUUAUAGAGGUGACGUCAGGGCACAACUUAGCCCUAUGCUCAGGGCUUUGGACAACAGAUGGGUUUGCAUGAGAUCUUUCAUUGUAAAUGCUGAGAUCGUCGACUUUUUGUUCGUGGACACAACUCCAUUCGUCGAUAAAUACUUUAUCCAACCAAAUAAGCAUGUUUAUGACUGGAGCGGCGUAUUACCUAGGCAGACAUAUCUGAACAAUCUCUUAAAGGAAGUCGACGUGGCAUUGAGAGAGUCAGUUGCAAAGUGGAAAAUAGUGAUUGGUCACCAUACGAUUAAAAGCGCAGGGCACCACGGGAACACCAUUGAGUUGGAGAAGCACCUUUUACCUAUUCUCCAAGCAAAUGAAGUGGAUCUCUACGUAAACGGGCAUGAUCAUUGUUUAGAGCACAUAAGCAGCGUGGACAGUAACAUUCAAUUUAUGACGAGUGGAGGUGGAUCCAAGGCGUGGAAAGGAGGUGACGUGAACUACUUGGAACCAAAAGAGCAGAUGAAGUUUUACUACGACGGACAAGGAUUUAUGUCGGUUCACGUUUCAGAAGCUGAACUGCGUGUAGUCUUUUAUGAUGUUUUUGGGCACGUUUUGCAUCAUUGGAAGACUUACAAGGAGGCGCUUUAUUUCGCUUCUUGAUUCCAAUUUAAUCGGACGUAAUUAUUAUUAGGACAUAAUGUCCCACAUCGGAAGUUAGAAGGGAUCCUAAGUAAUAUAUAAGGGAUAUGGGCCACUCCACUCAUUGCCAAUUGGUUUUGAGUUGGAAGCCCAUAUUCUAAUAAUUAUUUAUGGUGUACUAUAUAUAUAUAUAUAUGAAGUUAUGAAUAUAUUCUUUCGUUGAAUUUUGGAAUCACAUUAUGAAUUUAUGA